AUGGAUGACAAAAAUAAUUAUUUGUCAUCAUUAGAUAAUAAUGAAGAAAAUAAUAGUAAUAAUAAUAAUUAUAACAAUAAUAAUAAUAAUAAUAAUAAUAAUGAACAACAACAACAACAACAACAACAAUUUUAUCAACAAAGAAGAAAUUCUUUAACAUAUAUACCUAAUAAUAUAAUUGAAAAUAACAUCAACCACCACAACCACAAUAAUAAUAAUAAUAAUAAUAUUAAUAAUGAUAAUAGUAUUUUAUAUAGUAAUGAUAAUACAACACUUACACAAAGAGAAUAUGCAGAUGCAGAUUAUCCUUCAGAAGAUGAACAAGAGGAUGAAGAAGAAAUAGAUGGUACCAUUUCAAAAGAAGUUGAAGAAACCAUAACAUUAAUUGGUAAAGGUACAAAUGUAAUAAUAGAUAAAGGUAAUAAUGAAAGUUUAAUUUUAAAUGUAAAUGAAGAUAUAUUAGCAACAACAACAACAACAACCACAACUAAAAUAGAACAUCGUCAUCAAAAACCACAAGGAAUGUGUUAUGAUGGUAGAAGGAAUUAUAUCUUAAUGGUUGAUGCAUUGGUUGCAUUACUAUUUGCACCAAUUGUUUACUCAACUUAUUAUAUACCAAAUACAACAUUUUCACCAUUUAAAGAUAAUGGUAAUGGUGCCAGUGGUGUUAGUACUGGUGUUGGUAGUGGUGUUGAUUCACCUAAUGAAGAAAUGAAUGAGUUUUGGAAAUAUUGGUAUUAUAAUAUAGCAUGGAGUAAAUAUGUAUUAUGGAUGAUUUGUAUUAUUUGUGGAUUUGCAUAUGUUUCAAUGAUUACUGAGAAAAGAUCAGUACCAUUUCAUUGUCGUUAUAAGAGACAUCGUGACUUUUUUCAAUUAUUAUUUGUUGGUACGAUUUGGUUUGCAAUUGGUGGACCUUCAAGAGCAUUAUUUGGAAAGAAUGACAUUAUCAUCGGACUAGACGACCAUAUCACACAAAACACAACUCACGGCUACUCUGCAGAGGAGUCUUUCUUUUAUAAUUAUUUCGGGUUCUUUAUACCGUUUUUACUAGGUUUACACUUCACUUACCUUGAUAGAAAUUUAUUCCUUCGUAGUGCUGGUGAUAAAUUUGGCACACCAUCACUUUGGCGUACUUUCAAACCUUUAGAAAUCAUAGUACUUUGUCCAAUAAUUUUAUUUAUUUUAACAAUGGCUGCCAUUCAUAUUUAUUUAAUUAUUCAAGAUAAACUUUGGGAAUAUUUUGCAAUUGCGUAUGGUUUAUUUUUCUUUAUAUUAAUUGGCGUUAGUUUAUUGAUAAAGUCAAGAUACUAUUUACAUAUUCAUCACUACUUUAUGUUUGGUUGUAUGAUACCUUUAACUGGAUUUCAAACUAUACUAUCAUUAAUUUCUUUAGGUGCCGUUUCUGGUAUUGCUGUAGAAGGUGUUAGCAGAUGGUCAAUGGGAUUUUUAUGGUACAGAGGUGAAAGAGUACUCUAA